GAAAGACUGAGAUAGAGAGAGAGAGAGAGAGAGAGAGAGAGAGAGAGAGAGAGAGCUUCGUUUUUUCCGUCUUUAUGGAGACUUGUUGAGGGAUGAGGAAAAGUGGGAUUUCUCUGUUGAUUGCUUUGCUACCUCUGCUCCUCCGGGGAAUCUUGAAUGGGUAGCUAGUCGGUAGCCGGCUGCUCUGUUUUCGAGGAAUCUUGAAUGGGUUUUUCCUGCUCAUUGCGGGGCUUUUUCUUAGUGGGAAUCUGAGGAGGAGGAAGAUGCGCUCGAAUGUGUGUGAAAAUGCAGAGUAUAUCGCCCAUUUGGGGUUCGAUCGGGUGGAUUAUCUUUCUUUUCAUAAUCGCGAGGGGAUAAUCAGAGGGAUAAUGCAUGGUUGGUUCUGAAGAGGAUUGCGUGCUUUAAGCGGACUCUGUUUCUCCCCCACUACUCUGCCUGCUCUGCUCCUCCUACAUUUCAACUUCUGGAAGAGACGGAUUGAGAUCUUCUGGUCUUUUUUGCCUUUUCGAGGAUUUUUCACGGUUGGAUAUUGAAGAAAUUGCAGAAUCACUCUCUCACUCUCCUCCCUUCCGUCCGUGCUUUUUAUCUCAUUCUCUCUCUACUCUGUCUCUCUGUCUCUGUCUCUGUCUCUCUCUCUCUCUCUCUCUCUCUCUCUCUCUCUUGCUUUAUUUCAAGAAGAACCUGAUUCUCUGAACACGAGGAAUGAAUUUGCUCUUUCCUUGUGCUCUUUUUCACUCUAUUAUAUCUCAGUGGUCAUCUCUCUCCUCAGUUCUCUCUCUCUCUCUCUCCACCCCCCCCCCCCCCCCCCCAUCUUUCACUCUCCUUAAGCUCAGCUCUCAUAUUCUCGGAGAAGAAACCGCAGAGAUAUCCGCCAACUUAUUCUGAUCCCCUCUCUGCUCUCCUGAAGCGAGAAACUUCCCACCCUGUUUACCAUUUUCUCUCCUCAACUCCCACACAGAAUUUCCGGGUCUCUGCUUCUUGCCUCGUUGGUCUGUGAUUCAGGGGGCUAACAACCUUCAGUGCUGCUGUCCGAGACAGAGCUCGGAUUAGGGUUCCAAGCUUGAUUGAUUCUGGGCCAUCAAAGCCACUAUCAGAAUCAUCCGGCAGAGCAGAUGUCAUUAGCUCUGUCCUUAUUAUCACAGCUCCCCAGAAAUGGACAAGGCUCGAGACGUGAGGAGGCGACACUUCAACAAGCGAUCUCCUAACUUCUCCUCCCCAGAACUUUCGGAAGGAGACGUUUUAGCUUCGGAGAAGACGAGGAAGGAGAGGUUCCAGAAGCUGAGUUUGGUGGGCAGAGCCAGUUCGAGCUUCCCUGACGGGCAGAAAUCAAUGGAGCCGGUUGAGGCGUCCGAUAGAGAGGAAGAGCCCCGUGCGGUUGUUGGCCGAAAGAGAUUUAAGCUUCCCAGAAUGUUUCUGGAAGAUCGUAACUUGGUCGAGCAGGCUUCGGUCCCCCGGAAACUCCGGUCAGCCAUGAAGAAGCGAAGUCGGGAAUCUCUUUCUCCUCCUAUUCCCAACUCGAAGAAGCAGAAGCAUUCGAUGAGUGCAAGGGGAUCUCCCAAAAAGGAUGGUGCUAAGAAGACUAAAAAACAAGGGAAGUCAGGGUCAGGCUUUACUGGCCCUAUCACGAAAGAUGAGGAAGAAGUUGUGGAGACAUUGUAUGCUUUAGCUGGGAUGUUCUUAAACGACCGUGACUCUUGCUGUUGCAGCAGACGAGAUGAUGAGUCUUCCCCAGCUGACACUCCGACUGUCCCUGGAGGAACUGAGCCAUCGACUAAUUCUGCCAGCGGAGCAAAGGAAGAAGAGCUUAAACCAUCAGUCGCUUCAUAUAAUGAAGAAAGAUCAUCAGAAGAAACUGCAAGAACCUGCCCUCCCGAUGGACUGGUAACUCAUCAACAGCCGGAGUUGUUAGAUUGCAAAUUGUCCAGCAAGGACACGGAUACGAGGGCAGAAAUUGAUCUGCAAACAACAACUUCACAAUCUCGGAGUGAGAAGAGCAAUGAAGUGCUGCAUGCCUCUGGCAAUUUUGGGCUUGCAGCAGAGCUUGGCCUCGAUGCUCACUUGAAAAAACCUGAAGAAAUGGACAGAUCACUUCCUUCAACAAAGCAAGAAGAUAAAGAGGUAACGGUGGCAGUUAUUGGAAAUCAGCUGGGCCUACACCACAAGAGUGAGGACAGCCAGAAUAAUGGUCCAGUGUUGUGGCCAGGCCUGUUAUCUGGCUCCCUCUCACAGGAUGUUCGUAGUCCAUCAGAGUUACCGACAAGCAAGAUUCCGGCAUGGCUCCAUGGUGCAGCCUGUUCCAAAAAACCCCAACCAAUAGAAAGUGGGAAUCCGGUUGAUAAGGUCCCAAAGAGUAAGUUCUAUAAGAUAUCACGGAAGAAAUGUGUGAGACAUGUCUUCAUAAGUCAUCUAAUACAUUCUCUACAAAUGCCCGAGAGCAACGAGAACCGGCCGCUUCAGCCUGACCCUGGAAGACGGCAUGAACAAACAGAGCAACGAGUAAAUGCUGUAGGGUCCAACUUUAACGUUUUGAAAAAUGGUUUAAGUCAAGCCUUUGCUAGCACGCUAGUCUCUGAUUCACAGAGAUACAAAUAUGAAACUAGAAAUGCCAUUAUUCAGCAGAACCGACACAAUCAAGGACCAAAGUCGAGCUCCUCAGGGAAUGAGGGCUUCGAUUUCUUGUCUCUCUCCACUUCAGUCAGCGGUCUAAAUCAGAAGACCAAUGUUCCAUACUUUCACUCAAUCAACCAACAGCAACAUAUGUCUCUGCCCCUCUCGACAUCAAAAACUUACUACUCACCUUCCUACUCUGACCAGCUUUCAGGAGUGACAACUUCCCGGCAGGUCCAACUGCAGCUACCUUCAUAUCUCGCAAAUUCGGGCCGAUCCCUUAUUUACCGAGGUCCAGUGGUUCUCUCAAAGGAGCUGCAAAACCAACAGAUGCUUUGGACUAGCCCAAUAGCAUCGACUCAAUCGAAGCCCACGGGAAACUUGAAGGCUGUCGCACAGUUCCCAACAUGGCAAAACGGAAGUGUAGAGUCCCCUGCGACGGUUCCAUUUACUGCAAUAAUUCCUCCUCCUCCACUUUCCUCAAUUGAAGUACUUGGCCCAAAGCACUCCCAACUGUUGUCUCAACAGUACCAUCAUCAGCAGCAACUUCUCUCUCUGAGAUCUCCAUAUCCACCUACAAUUUGUCAAAAGACCAGACAACCUUCCCCAUUCCGCUCAUGAAGAAGCUGUGCCAAGGUUCCACGGGGGAGGUGCAUUGUCCUUGCAGCUGCUGUGUAAUGAGCGCCUCCAAGGGUAGCUAGUGGGGACGGGAAAAUAUUAAAGUUGACGGGCAGUCAAGUUCAGUUCAAACGUGACAGUAAAUACUGGCCCACUUUAGUUCAACCUUGGCUCGAGAAAGAUAACUGAAGUUGAGACUUCAGAGGCUGCAUUAGCAGCAUCUGUGGGACGCGAUGGAACCGUGACAGCAUAGUAAGAAAUACAUAAGAGUUGGGUUGAUCUCUGUGAAGUUUUGGUUAUAGUUAUUGGGUGGGAAAUAUGUUUGAGAAAGUGAAAGAAAGGGCCAUGAAACUGACCAAAAUCUCUUUGAAACUGUAAGAUAUUCCCUCCUACAUAGGGAGGCUUCAGUUGUGGCCAUAUGAUCUGAGUCAGAGCAUUAAUGCAGCUCACAGUUUUCCCCA